UAGUUUGAUCCCUGAAGACACACUGGUGGUGCGUAUAUCUCAUUUUACGACUCGUCAUGUGGGCGCCUCUUGUCCUUCUUGUCCUCGCUUCCUGGCAAGCAUUUGCCCAAGUUCCUCUUCCUGAACCCCCUUUCCUGCCUCAAAACGCUUCAGCUGGCGCAUCUGCAUCCUCUGGCGGUAUCCCCAAUUCACAAUGGUCUUCGAUGCUUGGAAAUCUGCUUUAUUUCUAUGAAGCCCAACGCAGUGGCAAGUUGCCCAGCACAAAUCGCGUCAAGUGGCGAAAUGACAGUGCCCUCACCGAUGGGCAGGACGUCAAGUUAGAUUUGACUGGUGGCUACUAUGAUGCGGGUGACUUUAUCAAAUGCACUUUUCCUCUGUCGUUCACCGUGAUGUCAAUAUGUUGGGGCGCAACGGAUUUCGGAAAAGGAUACGAUUUAGCAAACCAAACACCUUACCUUGAUGACAUGCUCCGAUGGAGUCUCGACUGGCUCAUGAAAGCACACGCUGCUAACAAUACCUUGUUCGUCCAGGUAGCUCAUGACGAACUUGACAAUACUUACUGGGGCGGCGAUCGCGGCAUUCCUUUGCCGCGUCCUUCAUAUCAAAUCAAUGACACUAGUCCUGGAACGGAUGCUGCUGCAGGAGCCGCUGCAGCUUUCGCAGCUUGCUCCAAUCUCUAUGCCAACCGCGUCUUCUCAAACUCUUACUCUGGCCCAGCUACACUUCAAAACGCAACAUAUGCCGCAACCCUUCUCAAACAUGCCGAACAACUUUUCACCUUUGCCACUAGCGCCUCUGGUGGACAGACAGUAUACCAACACUCCGUGCCUGAGGCUGGUGUAGCGUACGCUUCAUCCGGAUAUGGAGAUGAGCUUGCCAUUGCUGCGCUCUUCUUGUCUUGGGCAACCAACUCCUCUUCGUUAUAUCAACAGGCUCAGGGAUACUGGCAGCAAUAUGACCUCGGCAGCUAUAAUGGAGUAUUCAACUGGGAUUUUAAGACACCUGGCCUGCCUGUCCUUUUUGCACAGAUUGCGCAAGCAAAUCCAAGCUUUGGUGGCAAUGCAUCCACCUGGCAAGCAGUGGCUGAGAAGUACUUCGAUGGGAUAGUUUACGGCGGUGGGCCAGGAUACCAAACCCAUGGCGGACUGCUAUACUAUGAUGGUGACUCGGACGACGCUAGCUUAAACCCAUCGCUGAAUGCUGCUAUGCUUUUAACACGAUAUGUACCGCUGGCCUCGACCCAAAGCAGGAGAAAUGAUUAUUUGAACUAUGCCAAAGCCCAAGUCAACUACGCUCUGGGUAACAAUCCAAUGCAAGCACCCUACAUCGUUGGUGCCAACCCCAACUCGCCUCAGAAUCCCCACUCCGCAAUGGCAAGCGGUGGCAAUGACAUUAGCAACAUCAAUACUUCCCCACCACAAGAAGCUUAUGUUCUUUAUGGGGCCGUUGUCGGUGGUCCAGACAAGUACGAUCGUUUCUUCGACCUCCGUGACGACUGGCCUGAAACUGAGGUCGCACUGGACUACAAUGCACCGAUGCUCACACUCGCCGCGAUGCAUGUGCUCAACGACACCGCCGACCCAUUCUACACAUUGCUGAAAGCGGGCACUUAUGACUCCAAGAAACCGCAAGGAAUGCCUUGCGAUGAAGCACACACUGAGGGAUGCGGUGGUCCGCAGCUCAACCAGGGCGGAAAAAUUGCUCUAGGUGUCAUUCCUGGCCUCACUGGUGUCGCCAUUUUCUCCCUUAUUGGAUGGUGGGGCAUGAUCUCUCUCAGGAGAGAGCACGACCUCCUUUAUUGAUUUUUAACUUGGCUAAUCUAUUUCUAGAUAACAUGACUUUAUUCUUGGAUGAUCUUCCCGAUUUUCUGUCACACUCUACUAUUCCUUUGGAUCAGAACAUGACCUUACGACAGCUAUUGAUGAGCAGCACCCAUACGUAGUAACCGAUUCGCAUUCAUGUAGAUAUAUCGCAUCAUGAUACCCUGAUGAAGCUGAUGACAACGACCAAACGAACGACCAUAUAUUGUGUAGAACCUAUUAGACCUCGAGAACACAACGCUCUUGUCGCU